AUGUCACAUCAUCAAUCUUCAAUAAAUACAAGUGAGGAGGAUGAAUCACUGCAUUCUUCUAGCGAAGAAGAAAACAUUUAUGGACAAUAUCGUCUUGAAAAUGACUUUGAAGAUGACUUCGAAGGAUCUAAUCAUAACACCUUUCAAGACAAUGAUCAAAAUCUAGUCUAUGAUUAUGCUAAUACAGAGUAUGACGAGCUAGGAAACAGAAGUUAUCGAGAAGCCGACACACUUUAUUAUGGAGAUGAAGGAGAUGAUUAUGGUCCAGAGGAUGAUGCAUCUAGCACUGACAGUCAAACAUCUGAAAGCACAACUUUUUUUAACAGAAGAAGAACUGCGCCACCUGAGCUUGGGGGUAUCCUACAAAAUAUCAUGCGUGGAGCGUCCAAUCCUUCCCAAAAUUCCGAAGGUUUUAGAAAUAUAGGUCUUUCUGAACUUGAUGUUUCCUUUUUAGAGAUAAUACGUAAUUUGAACAACGAACUAGAGCAUGACGAUAAUACCAGCAACCAACCUAACACUAGCUCUAAUUCAUUGCACUCUCUUAGGAACCGCAUAUUGGAGUUGAGUAAUGGGACUCUUCAGAAUCGUCAUCGCCGUAUUCAUACCUCUUUUUUUCGUGAAAACAUAUUUGGAGCCGAAAGGGAGGAGGAAAGAGAACAAAUGAAAAUAUUGAUCGAGAACAUAAAAAACGCGGAGAACGAUCCUUAUAUUGCAAUGGAGACUUUGAAUCAAAUCAAUGACAUAGUGUUAUACACGGUGGAUGAUGACUUUCUUGAUUUGUUCGAUCCUAAAAUUUUGGUUGAAAACAUAGCAAGUAUUAUCAGAAGUGAACCUUUAAAGUGCCAUUAUGAGUUGCAUGUUGCAGCAUCCAGAUGUUUAGCCAACAUUUGUCGUUCAAAUGAUUCAUUAAUCUGGGAACUUGAUACUGAUGAUUUUUUUUUCCAUGUGAAGCAAAGGAUGGUUAACCUCGAAGUCAUCGAUGUCGUGGAAAGUUAUAUUGAUUUGGUUAACGCACUUUCUUCAUGUUGCACAUACCAUAUAUUAAAUGACGAUAUCUUGCCCCCUGUGUACGCUUAUUUUGAUUUUUUUAAUAAAAAUACCCAAAUUAAAAUUAUAGAGAUUACCAAUACCUGUUUCAAGCAUUGUGCACCGGACAUUUUUGAACCAGUUGGACGGGUUAUUUCAUCGCUUCAGGAUUUGUUGCUGGUGGUUAGAAAUAAUAAUAUCACUGGUGGGAGUGGUCAAUACAAUACCAGCAGUAUUAGCGGCUUGAUUUUUGAGCAGAUCAUUCAUAGCUACCACUAUGUGUGUGCUAGAUUCACAAAUAUUCGAAAGCUUAAUCUCUCAAAAUUAUUUGAUUUAGAACAUUUUACCUGUCUAUUAAACAUAUUACAGGGGAAACUCAGUAUAAAAGAUGAUAUUAGAGUAGAAAUACUAGAUAUCCUUACACACACCUUUGCGUGUGACGAAAUGUACUUUUUUUCAAUGGUUGAUUCUGAAACUUUUCCAAACUUUGUUCUGGAUGUCGUGAAAAAAUAUAGUAUUGUUCCAAAUGAAGAUAUUAGAGAAACUUUAUUGUCUAUGCCCAAGAAAGUUUUAUCGUCUCUAUCAAAAUUCAUAAUGGUUUUUUUAAGCUCCCAGUUAAAAUAUUCAUUUAUGAAAUUUCGUCUAAAGCCGUCCUUUAAUAUACAAGCAAACAAUAAAAAGUUGUGCUCAAAAUUCAUUGCCAGUAUGGAAGACCUGUUUCCAAUUCUCAUGGAAAUCUUUUCUAUUUCCGAUGAUUACGAAAUUAGUAGAUAUACUUUAAUUGGCAUUUAUUGUUGUGUUUGUGAAAAGCAGUUUGUUGAAUCAAGCACCGUCUUGUACAAAAGUGAAUUUUUCACCGUUUUAUCUGCACGUAUUUAUCAAAGACAUAAAUCAUUUGUGCAGGCUGAAAGUUUGGAAUGUAAAUUAGAUGAUGGGUUGUUUUUAUUACAUUACAUGGCUAUUGUUAAAGAACUUUUCGAGAAAAACUGUGAGUUGCAAGAGGUUUUUGAAAAGGAAGGCAUUUUUGAUAUCUGCAAUUUAUUGAAAGCACAUCUAUUAACAAAUAGUGUGGUGCAGCAGGAUGCUGGAAGAGAAACUAAGGAUAAAAGGGUUUUUUUUAGAGAUUUAAAAGAAGUUCCCUCCAAAAACAAUACAGCCAUUACUGGUUUUCACGAUGGAGGACGCCAUUUCCACUUUGAAACCACCAACGCCGAUGAUAUGGUUUAUUUUAAGGGAACUGAAGUUUUUAAUGAAGCCGAUGAUCUUUGUGCCAAAGAUUUCCGUUUUAUUUCGGAAAAAGAGUUUGCAAAUAAUGGGUACGUACCUCAGAUUAAAUUUGAUAUUUUAGAGGAUUUUGAUUUACAGAAAGCAAGCUCUGCGUUAUAUGGUAUAACUAGUACUAUUUUUAUGGAUAAAUCUCUAACCAAUAUCAAAAACAAAGCACUUGAGAGGGAUGUUAUGGAAGCAAGUAAGAUACUACUUUUACAGCAUUUUGCUAAGAAUGGAAAUAGUAUUAGUUACUGGCAAUCUUUGUGGUCUAGUUUUAAAGAGGUCUUAUUUGGGAACUUAGCUCUGGUUUCUAGUUAUGAUUUAUCAAACUCCGGAGUUUUAAAGUUGUUGCAUGAUAUUUUGGUCACAUCCCCGAGGGUGGCAACUGAGCAAUUCAUCAAUGUUUUGGAAGGAGCGCACUGUUUCCCCACUUUUGUAAAACUGUUACACGCCACUGUAUUGAGAACGGCUAGUUUUCGUUUAUUAGAUUUAAAGUUACCGACAGCGAAUGGUAGUAAAGAGAUUGAGUUAUUUGACAGUUUUAAGCUUUAUUUUGAAUUUGAAGAAGAUUUUUUUAGUGACCAAGCGAUGUAUCGUGCAGAUGCUAUCACUGUACAAGUCUUAGGUAUCAUGUUAGCUGAAACUAUAUCUACUGCUUUAAAAGCUAUUGAGCGCAAACGUAUUAGAGAUCCUAUUGUAUUAAAUAUUUUGGAUGCUUCUACUUAUGACUUUCAGUUUAGUUAUAAGGGGGUUAUAAUGCCCGAUAAUAUUACGUUAUUAGGGUUUUUGUUCAACGAGCUUAUGAAAAAUAAUGGUGGAACGCAAUUUUUUAAAAAAGAUAUUUAUCAUUUUAAGUGUAAAAGGAUCGAAAUACCUGAUAAGCGUUUUGUUUUGUAUCCAAGUAGAUUCGUUGCCAAACCAAUUCAACACAAAUAUGUUGAUUCUAUUCAUAACAGUAACAUAGACUUGGAACAAGCUCUAGAGAUAACAUUGGAUUUAUUGAACACUUUUGCACAAAUUAGACCAGAUUUACAUUCAAAGUUGGUUAGUUCUGAACUAACAAACAAGUUGCUUGGACAAAUCAAGAAUCCAAUGAUUCUACAUGGUGGGCUAUUACCGGAAUGGAUACCAUAUAUAUCGAGUAAAUAUUCGAAUAUCAUUCAUUACAACGGCAGAAUCAAGUUGUUUUUGAUGCUCAUUAACGCCAAAUUACCGUCAGUAGAAAAUGUUGAAGACGAAAUGAUAUUGGAUGAUGUAGAAACCCCAUAUUUCCACUACAGAAUGGUUAAUGCAAGUGUUGAACGUGGAUCCUUUUUUUCCGUUUUGAAGCUUUUGUCCACAUCUAUUUUGCUGCGUAACAAACUUGCCAUUAGUUUUAUUGGGGAAGAAGCAAGUGGACCGGGACCCACAUUGGAAUUUUUUUCUAUUGCUUGUAAACAAUUUUCAUUCAAAAAUUGGGACAUAUGGAGGAAUUCCGAUGUAACACCUACUAUCAGCGGGUUUGUUUUGCCGUCUGAUGAUUUGGAGCCACAUGACAUGAUUGCGGGAGAUUUAUACCCUAAAUCAAGAGAUGAUUUUUCUAGUGAGCAAGCUAUUAAGACACUCUCUAUUUUCCAUUUUUUGGGUAGAUUUGUUGCUAAGGCUUUGCACGAUAACAUUUUGUUGGAUUUUAGAUUUAAUGUUGUAUUUUUUAAAUUGGCAUUGUUGUACGCCAAGGAUGGUGAUUCUUUGAAGAAAAACACUUUAAACGAUCUUCAAGAUGGCAUUGAUAUGAUAUUUGAAAUUGACAAACACCUGGGGAAGACAUUACAAUUUUUACUGGAUAAUCCGGAUAAAUCAGAAGAGUUAAAUUUGCCAUUUUAUUUCAAGAAUAAUACCAGUAGUGGUACUAGUACUGAAGAUUAUAAAAUCGUAAAUAAAGACAAUGUGUUUCAAUAUUUAAAGGAUAUAAUUGAUUACAACAUAGGAAGUGGAGUUAGACCGCAAAUUGAGGCGUUUAUUGAUGGGUUUUCCAAAUUAUUUCCCUUUGAUUUUUUACUUCUUUUGACACCAGAAGAAUUGGUCGGUUUAUGUGGGAAUGUUGAAGAAGAUUGGUCAUACGAUACAGUGUUUGCCAAUAUUCAGCCAGAUCAUGGUUAUAGCAUUAAUUCUACAGAGAUUAUUCAUUUCGUCGAUAUUUUGAGCUCUUUUACAAAGCACGAGAAAAGAUUGUUUUUAGAAUUUGCCACAUCUUCUCCAAGAUUACCCAUUGGAGGCUUUAAAUCCUUGAAUCCUAAAUUGUCAAUUGUUUUGAAAUAUCCUGAAAAUGAAGAUGAUUCAUUUGAUGACAUCUUACCAAGUGUUAUGACAUGUAGUAAUUACUUCAAACUACCUAAAUAUUCAACAAGAGAAAUAAUGAAAGAUCGUAUUAUUCAAGCGAUAACUGAAGGUGUAGGUGCAUUUGGUUUCUCUUGA